AAUGGCAAUAAUUGUUAUCCAAGUUGGACAGUGUGGAAAUCAAGUUGGUGAACGUUUCUACAACACCAUCUUGAACGAAUUAAUUGAAAAUCCUAAGAGCUACCCGCCAAAUUUACCUGGAGCCAGGACGUUUGUUGAUACUCUAACUGAAAGAUUCUUUACGGAAAAUAAAAAAGGACUUUUAGAGGCCAAGGCCAUUCUUGUGGACACUGAACAAAAGGUAGUGGAAUCUGACUUAAAAAAGGCUGCCGGAGAUUGGUGUUAUGACCGUAAGCAAAUUGUUGCUGAGAAGAGAGGAGCUGGUAAUAAUUGGGCUCAUGGAUACGUAACACACGGACCGAAAUUGAGGGAAAGAGUGUUAGAAUGCAUCGACCGUCAAUUGGAAAAGACGGAUACUAUCGAUGGAUUUCUAAUAUUGAUGAGUGUAGCUGGAGGAACAGGAUCAGGAGUUGGAGCCUAUAUCACUCAAUUAUUAAGGGAGUGCUAUCCUCAUACAUCAAUUGUUAAUCAAGUUGUUUGGCCGUAUGACUCUGGUGACGUCAUUGUCCAAAAUUACAACGCAGUUCUCAGUUUGUCGCGUCUACUAAAUGCUUCAGACGCAAUUAUCGUCACAGAAAAUAAGAAAUUACACGACAUCUCAUCGAAAUUAUUACACGUUGAUAAGGUGACCUUUAACGAUCUCAACGAUGUUCUUAGCGCCCAAUUAGCUAAUUUACUGCUGCCGGCUCAUCAAAGGCAAAGGGCCGAUGGUUGGACAUAUCCAAUACGGCAUCCAUUAAGUGAUAUGUUGGAACACAUGGUUUGCCAUCCUCAGUACAAACUCUUGACAAUGACAGAUAUACCUCACGUUUGGAACAAAGCAAGAACGUUUAAUGUUUAUCAGUGGGAUAGUCUUUUAAAGAACUUGCGACAGAUGUCGGUCAGUGAUUGGCAUAUGGAGGAGGGUAUUAAUUGGAAUAUCAAGGUCGAUAAGCAUUUCAACUUUAAUAGAUCCAUAGCUAAUUUGCUGGUAGCUAGGGGCGAAGAUGCUCAUAAUAUUGAUACGUCUCCUCUGUCCGAUCCGCAGCUAUAUACCCCUUCGGCUAAUAACGUUCAACUUGGCCUCUUGGAAUGGGGCAAUGUUAGGCCAAUGCUACAUGCUCCUAAAUCUGCUUUAUUACUAUCUAAUUGCCAAAGUGUCGUACCAACUCUUAAUCAGGUAAUAAAUAGGGCAUGGGAAAUGUUCGGCGCCCGAGCUUAUAUACACGAAUAUGCUAAGGAAGGCGUUCUAGAAGAAGACUUUGUUGACUCUUUCGCUACUAUCGAACAAUUAUGUACUCAUUAUAGUAAUUUGAGAUAA